ACAAACGGCCUCUUAGAAUUGGAAGAUGAAGAUCUUGCAGGUGCUCUACAUGGUGUUUUGGGUCUCGGCACAGAUGAUGGAACGUACUCUGCGUUCCCACUACAUGAUGUUACUAGUCGCUCUGCUCGACUUGGUAUUCGGUCGGAUCAUCAGAUCGCGCCACAUAAUCAUUUCCGUCCCACGGCUGAGCAUGGUCUCAAACCCACUCGGGGUACGGCACAUUUGCCGAAAACACGGACAGGGAACAAAAAGAAAAAGAAGAACAAUCGUUUUUAG